AUGCAAACCCCCUUUUCCUCACCAAAACCUCAAAAGUACCAUGAGUUGACAUACUACCAGGCAAGCCAAGACCACCGUGGCACGCCCACGGCCCCAGGCCGCGUCGUGACGCUAAUAGAGCGCACCUUCUGGGCCUCCCUCGCCGACGCGCACGACAGCGCCCCGUCCAAAGUCUGGGGCAUCGCCUACCGCAUCGCCCGCGACAAGGUCGCUGAGGUGAAGGAGUACCUCGACAUCCGCGAGAUCAACGGAUACUCGAUCCACUACACGCCAUGGUCAGUAGUAUCCCAACUCCUCGUGCUCAUCCACCCCGCCGACGGCAGCCCGCCCAUCCGCACCCUCGUUUAUAUCGGCACCCCCGACAACGACCAGUUCACGGGCCCGCAGGACCCGCAGGCGCUGGCGCAGCAUAUUUACGUGAGUGAGGGCCCGAGUGGACUGAAUCGGGAUUAUUUGUUGGAGCUGGAGAAAGCGCUGGAUGGGUUGAGUGGUGAGAGUGGGGAUGCGCAUGUGACGGAUUUGUCGGAGCGGGUGCGUGAGAUCGAGAGGCGGGGCGGGUUGGGGUUGGAGGUGGGUGGUGCGGGAGGUGAAGGGGGAGGGCUGGGGGAGCCGGUGGUGCACGAUAUUGCAAAGGUCAGUAGUGUGGAAGAGCAGGAGGAGACGGAGAAGGUGGUGUGA